ACCCGAGCGACCUUUGAGAACACAGAAUCCCAAAAUUGGAGGGUGGUUGAAGAAUGGAAGCAAGAAAUGUAUCAGAAAUUAAGGGUAGGGUGACCUCUGAGAAAGGGCAAUUUGGAGGAAUCCGAAUAGAGAAUCCCUUUACUUUGAAAGUGGGUCAAAUAUUUACAGGGUUCGGCGUCGGCUGUGGCGUCGGUAUCGGCGUUGGCCGCCCCAUAAACAUGGGUGCAAUUCCUGUCGUGAACGAUGUUAUGAGUGCCACGAGAGGCGCAACCGAUGCAUUUUCGGGUAUAUCGAGGCAUUUAAAUUACUCUCUCAGGAAAUUGGGAGCUAAGAACAUCCAAGCUGGAAUUGGGUGUGGAGUUGGUUUUGGCCAUGGUUUUGGUGUUGGCCUUGCUAUCAAGCCCUCAUUUCUACACCAAGCGCAGUCUUCUGUCACGCAAGCAAUGGAGAAGGUGAUGACAAAAUUCGGAAAUAAUCCUAGUCUUCUGAUUAGUCAAGACGCUGUACCAGCAUCACUACGAUCUGCCACGAGCAUAAGGAACGUUUCAACGGAUGAACAUCCUAUAGUCCCAGAAAACCAGUCUGGAAAGUCUCCAUCGAGCAGAUCUUUUGGAACUCGAACCGAAAAGGUCAUCGACAGUUUCUUGCAAAAUCCUGUUUUUAAAGGAGGGGAUACGGUACUGCAGGAUGAGGUCGGACGCCAACGGCUCGAGAACCAACUUUUCGAAAUGGUAAUGAUGCAUCAGAAACUUAUUCAAGAGCUAAGAGAGGACAAUAACAAGCUUCGCCGAAUACUAUUGGAGGACCUGAAAGUACCUUCCAGCAAGCUCCAAGCAAGUAAUGUAGGUCGAAAAAUUGCUCCGUGUUCGGAUUGUUUGGAAUGUCGAAGAAAGCAAAGGAGAAGGAGAAGCUAAUCAAUCUCCGUCAUGGUUGAGAUAACGUUGCAUUCGAUUGAUUCUUCGUAGAUAUCAUCUGUUGUUUCGAAAGCACUCGAACACGAUUUGAACAAAAGAAGUCCGAGGUAUUGAGGUCAUAUCGCGCUCGAGUUCUAACAAAUGGCUUCAUGUUUUCACACAAACUCCCGACCAGAACAACCAGUGGAGCUGAGUUUGUUUGAACAAGACAACUUCCAGUUUUGUUGGAAAUUUUGAUGGUUCUUGAUGUGUCGUUGAAACUGCAAGAUUUUGUGUGUUUUAGAUGUAAAGAUGUUUCUAGAAGUGGUUCUUGUGGUGCAAGUAAACGCAAAUUGCUUAGGAGGAAUUGUCUACGGCCGGGGAUGGAGACGGAGACGUUGGGGACUUUUCCGUCCCAUCCCGUCCCUACCACUUAUUUCAUUUUUCAUUUAUUUUA